AUGGCGUCUUACUUGUUUUGCAGUUUCUUAGUUAUUGCCGGAUUUUUAGUCAAGAAAGCACACCGUGAGUACAUGUAAAUGACUAUUAUAUUAUCAACUUUAUGUGUCUAAGUAAAAAUCAAUAAUUUUUUUGUGCUAAAUGGCGUAACGUCGAAAUGGAAACAUUUUUUCGUAUGUCUUCUUCUUUUCGACAUUUUUUCGUAGAUUGUUGUAGACCUGUAGUCAGCUGUUUCAGAACCAUCCUCAGAGAUAUGAAACUAUAUUCAUCUUAGUUUGGCACUGCAGAGAAGAACGAAAUGAACGCCACUCUACCCAAAAUUGCCUAAAAUCUGGAACGAUCUUAAAUCUUUUCUUUUCUGUUUCUAGUGGAAGCUACAUGCAGCGCCACAGGUGACCCACACUACAGGACGUUUGAUGGUAAAUUGUUCCACUAUCAAGGCAAAUGUAGUUACGUCCUAUCAGAAGAUGUUGAUAACAAAUUCAAAGUUUACUCCGAGAAUGAAGCAUGUUUUGGUGGUAGAUUCACGUGCACGAAGGCAAUUACUGUGAAAGUUAAAGGAUUGACCGUGCAUGUUUCACGAGGUAGUAAUGUGACUGUGUUUGGUAUUGCUGUUGGACUACCAUACAAGAAACAAGGUGAUUAAUCAUAAUAAAAUGUGAAACGAAUUUCUAGUUAGUUAUUGGCUACUGCUAAACUAGCACGAUAUGAUGGACGAUAUUGGUCUAUAACCUAAUUUUGAACAACAAUAUUCAUGACCAUGCAUGCAGAAAUUACGGACAUGAUUAUUCGAUUUCUUUACUAAUUGCACUGAACAGAAAGGUCAAGUGUCUUAAAUCCCUAAUUUUCUGUUUUCUUUCUGUUUUCUUCGUCGUCAAGAAAUCGAGUUUGCGUUUGCCUAUUGCAGACUCAGUUUCCAGUGCUUCAGUCGUUCCAGUUUACUAUACAGAUCAAUUUUCAAGAUGACGGCCAUUCAAUAAAUUUGUAGAAAUAUUUAUUGUAAUGUUUGCCUGGUUUAAGUUACUGCCUAUUCUGCAUUUCCGCUUGUUCCUACUGGCAGUAGUAGUGCGAUAUUCUUAUGUAGAGUUAAUUAAAUAGAGAAAUGUCGCGAAAGCUAACCUCUGUACAAAUAUUGAAAAUGCAGAAUAGGUAGUAACAGAAAUCGGGCCCCCAUUACACUAAAUACUUCGACUGAGAAUUUGAGACAAGUUGCAAAAGAACCUACCUUAUUCUCAAACUUGCGAUUAAUAACGUUGCGUUAUAUAAUUCACUGUUUAUAGUUGAAGUAAUAUUUCAAUGUGAUAUGCAAAUUACGCAAGAAGUAUAAUACAUCAUGUCUGUGAUUUCUGGCCAUAAGACCUUUUGUAGUAAAGGUUAUAGCAUUGUUUCGGAUGCAAUUUGCACGAGUGAGUGUUUCAAGAUAACACGAGCCCACUAUCAAGAUAACACGAGCCCAAAAGGACGAGUGCUUGUUUCAUCCAAAUUACACGAGAAAACAUGCCAUUCUUUAAGAAAUAGAAAUUAAAGUUUAACAUUUUCCCUUUUUAUAUACAGUUUUAGAGUUUUCCCACGUAAUUUCGACUUCUCUCAAACUACCACAAAGGUUUCUAUUUCUACACGAUGAAAAUAUUUUCUAUUUCUUUUAAAAUAAAACUCGGGAAAAGCUUUUUUGCCCAUUUUUUAUAUCGAUUAAUUUACAAAUUCGCAUUACCCAUAAAAUCAUAGAGAUUGGAAGGCUUUCUUCUUUCAACUCGCCAAUUUGAACACAAAAUGAUCAAGUUCUCCUCUAUUUAUAAUUUAAAAUGGGAAUUCUCUUUUUAUCUUGUGAUUCCGCAAUUUGUUUGUCAAAACUAAUAUUAUCACACAUUUUUUGCCGAUUACAGCGCCUGUUAAAUGUUUUUGACGUUUUAAAGUUUUUAUUCAAAGCUGGUAGACAGGACGUUUCCUGUGUUUCCAUACAGCUAUAUAUAGAACCACGCUUCUCGACCAAUCACCGCCCGCAUACUAAAAAUGUUAUAUUAUAAAUAUUUGAGAAUUAUUCACAGAAGUUUUAGAAACGAGCAGCAGUGUUUUCUCAAGUUUAGGCCAAGUUGUGCAUGUGGUUGCCAAGCUAAACUCGAUGCUAUGCACCUCGUCGACUAUCAGCUCAUAUACGACUCGAGUUCGCAGAACGACUAUUCAAUUUUCGAAUUCUCCGCGUUCGCCAACGGUAAAUUUUGAGUCGCCCUAUUGUAGAUUUUCUACUAAUAUCGAUCCAGCUACUAGAGAGCCAAUUAUAUGACCGCGAGUUGUCUAUAUAAUAAAUACAUUUAGCAUAUUCUCAGGAGGCGGAUAAUGCUUUUCGCGCAAUUUGAUUGGUUUAUCAGAUUCGAAUAUCCUUGAGUGCACUAUUCACCUCUGGGCAAAAACAAAAUGGCUUCUCGUUUCGUUCCAGUUACAGACGGACGAUUUUCUCUUCACAGUGUUCAAGGGUAUUCUCUAAAACUAUUCCAAUGAAUAAAUUCACCAAAAGCUUGUAAGUAUUGUUUAUGGGACAUAAAAACAAAUUGUUUUAGAAUAUUUUUGGGUACCUCCACUUCGAUGAAUAAUAUACACUUGAUGUCCGCCGGCUCCUGAAGGAAAUAGUUUGAUGUUCCCGAGAGUCUACUCAGACUCGAGGGAAUAGACAUUACAUGUUUUGUUGUAUAGCGACGAAAGAGAAAUCAAUAUACUAAGAUUAUCAUACAACAAUUGUAUUUCAUCAAUAGUUUAAAAUUAUAAGAACCUACAGUACUUAAAUAGUUUCAGCAGCAUACCAUGUUGCCCGUUUAUCUUCUCUUUACAUUUUUUAAUUUAAGACAAACUUGGAAAAUUGUUUGCUAGUGUGCGGCCAUUUUGUUUAUUUAUGUACGUAGCCGGUCCAGUGAACUAAAGGGAAACUGGAACUCCAGUGAUCAAGUCCUAUGAUUAGUUAAAGCCAAAAAUUUGAAGCCAAGCGCGGGAGGCGCGCGGGAUAAAUUAACUUUCAAAAGGACUGGGGAGGGUUUCGAGUAGCGGCAAAUUCAGUCAAAAGUUUGUUUUUGAGCGAUAAUUAGCAAGAAAAGGACUUUUUUUUAUAAAAAGCUUCGAUUUUAAAGAUUCAACCUGGUUUCCUGGAUAGCGUUUAUAAUUAUUUUACAUCCACUAACAGCAAAAACGUCCGGGGUAACAGUUUCCCAUUUAAAAUAUUACACAAGUUUGAACUGGCCGAAAACAACUCCGCACUUUGACUCCUGAAGAAUAACUUUAAAACUGCUCUACAUUCUGGAAACAUGUUUUGUAUUAAAUUUCAAGUAUUGUUGAAAGUUUUAAUAUUUUUCCUUGUUGAAAUACAGCUAUCAGUUUAGUGCUCAAAAACAGAUGUCUUUUCGACGGCGUAUUUUCGAUGCCUUACGUACAUGGCGGCCAUCACGAGUGGCUUCAAAGAUGGCGGCUAAGUUAUCGUUCCAGUUCCCUUAGAGUUUCACUGAGCCAGUCGGAGCGGGAAAUAAUUUUUCACUUGAUACACUGCACUUAUCAAAAGCCACGUGACCACAAAUCAGCCAAUCACGUUUGCUGUUUACCCUAGCUAUAUAACAAUUGUUAAUAUUUCCACCUAGGUGCCAACAUUGUGAAACACGGCGCUCGCACAAUACGAAUCUCGACCGAUAUUGGUUUCGCAGUACAAUACGAUGGAGUGUAUAAUGUCUAUAUUACUCUACAUGAUCGAUACCAGGGGAAGACUAUUGGUCUCUGUGGUAAUUUCAACGGUCAAAAAAAUGACGAGUUCAUUAUGCCUGACAAGCAGAUUGCCCGCAGCAACCAAAUUUUUGCCGACUCGUGGAAAGUUGAUCGGUCCUGCCCGGAUGCGCCUCCUUUACCUAAUCCGUGUACGACUGCUGGUGCGAAUAUCAAAGAGGCCAGAGCGAAAUGCUCGUUAUUGAGACGACAGCCAUUCUCCGCAUGUCAUAAUCACGUUAAGGUGGACUCAGGUUUUAUACAGGAUUGUGAAUAUGAUGUUUGCGCGUGCAAGGGUCAUCCGUUGUCUUGUUUAUGCGAGGAGUAUUCGGCAUACGCCGACACCUGUUCAUUGGUCGGAGUGAAUUUUCAGUGGAAACAUUUACCACAGUUUAAGGAAUGUGGUAAGUACAGUAUCUGCUUUUUAGUGUAAGGCUACGCCGCAGUCCAUCAAUAAAAUGCAGUAGCAUUUCGAUUAGUCCCUUAGCGGUCGAAAACCAACAAAAUACAAACCGCUAUAUAAGGUGCAUGGACCGCUCGACAAGAAAAGAAUAACUCUUUUUGCAGUCUAAAAACAAGAAUAUGUGACCUUCAAAUUUAUAACCGGACAACUGCGUAGGUCCUCGUCUUUUUAUAUUUUAAAUUUUAUGAAAAACUCUUCAUAAUGUUAAUUAGAAUACACAUCAGAAUUUUAUGGAAACUAAUUUCAGCCAGGUUUCUAUUUAUUGUAUUGUACGAUAAAUCAGAUUUUUCACCUAGUGGAAUGUAAGUACAGUAUAACUAACAACAACAACAACAAGCCCUGAAUGGCGGGGGGGGGGGUGUUUACAUCUCAUGAUUUUUUGUCCAAUUUCAAAAAACAUAUAUUCGACAGUUUUUCAAAAACAUCAAGUUGCACUUGUUCGUGCGACUUGUGCUAUUUCGAUCAUCUUUGAAAAAAUCACUCGUGCGUGUUUCUUUUUCCAAAUUGCACGGUAGACCAUGCUACUAUACCUAGUUUACCCGAUCAGUUUUAAUAAAUAGAUUUCAUCUAAAUUACUCAUAAUUGGCGCUAACAUGAGGACUACUCAGAACUAGUCAUUAAACCGCAUUCGUACUUAUGGAAAGCUGCAAAAUGUUUUAUACAAGAUUUCACUUGAGAAUAUGGGUCUAUAGAGCGUUUGCUUAUCGAAUAAUGUUAAAUAUCCCAAGAUGAAAGAGAGCAACAAUAUAUGUUCAAUAUGUUACCAUCACGGUCUUUAAAUGCUUUUUGCAUGACAAUGGAUAUAUGGCAAAUUAAACUGAAAAUUCAUUUCCUGAUUUCGUAUAGGAUCUCCAGUGAAAAAAUACCAAUAAAACUGUUCCUUAAUCUCAAGGAGUUCCUAGUAUCCCUGCAUCCACUUUUAGGACAGCAUAGACCCUAUUCAGGACGGCUGUGUGUUGAGAGAGGUACAAUUAUCUGUGAAAAAUAUAAUCCUUCGCUCGAAACGUCGAAGUUCUGUUUGUAUUUUUUAGAUAGUUGUAUCUUUCUUAAUCCGUUCGAGAAUAAGUCCUAGUCAAUUCCAUUUUCGGAUUUGAACGAUCUAAUGUCUAUUCCAACCAACAGUAACUAUUUUUCUCUCCUCAGUCUCUCCGUGUGCAGUCGCGCCAUGUAUGAAUGGUGGUAUUUGUGAGAAUGUUGGUAAAGGUUACAAAUGUACAUGUGCUUCAGGUUACCGUGGUGAUAGAUGCCAGACUGAAGGUGAGACGCACUGCAUAUUUGUUAUAGACUAACACUUAUUAUAGAUGUCCGGUACUGAAGAUACUUCAGGUGCUCUUUCACAGCCAUCCGCACACGUACUUACAACAAAGAUACGCACAAUUUAUGACAGACUUACCUUGCCCUUUGCCUAACUAAUUCUACUUGUCUUAUAUUUUCCCCUUAAUUUCUCGUUAUGUUUUGGCAUCUAUUUACAUUUUAUCCCAACGUAAAAGCAAGGAAUUUGGCUUCACAGCUACAUAAAAUGACUUUGUCAUGCAUGUAUUUUUACAAUCUUGCAUGCUUAUUCUACUCAAUGACACUCCUCCAUAAUUUUGAGAUCAAUGAUGUGCCCGCUUAUAUGCAACAUAUAGUGAUGCAAUAUUAGCAAACUGAUCUGAAAACUGGUCUUGGAUAAUGCAUCCGCUGUGCAUAAAUAUAAAUACCACAAAUCUACUGUGAUGUUGUUACCAUAGUGAAACAGGUUCUUACAAUUUCUAGCUAUCCACCGAUUUCAGCUUCUAGAUUUACAAUUUCGAGCUAUCCCACCGGAAAGUAUAAAAUUUGUCUGAAUAGAAGUUCAUCAACACUGGCCUCUCUUACCCCAUAAAUUUGCCCGUGAAUAGCUGAAGAGGUCACAACAAGACUCCACAAGUCCCAUUAUCUAGUGUUAGUGUUCAAUUAACACGUUUUAAUUUAACUUAAAGGACAUUGGCAACCAAAAUUUUUAUUACUUAUAUAUCUAUUAGAUAUAUUUACGGAAUAUUUAAUUUCAUAUUUUUGCCGGUUUGUCGCGUUUAUUUGUUGAGAAAAUUGAAAAAAAUUCCAACAGUUGUCCGCCAUUUUGAAAAUAAACGUGUAUGCUAAUUUAUGCCACAAAAUACAUUAUCUGACGUCAUUAGAUGGGUAAAAAAUGGUUCUUGUCACAUAAACCGCACUUUAUGGAGUAGACCAAAUCCUUCCGGAAGCACAUAUUCUUUUUGUCUCAAACUUGACAAAACUUACAUUUCGGACCAGCUCGGCAAUGGCUAUCAUACGGACGUGAUUGGACAACCAUGCUUCUAAGGGACUUUCCCGGGCGCUGUAUCACUCUGAUGUUUAAGCCUUUUUUCUUGAUAGUUCUUCUGAAAACGUACUGUAGUUAUUAAAAUAAUCUUUUUGUACUAAGCCUAUAUGGUCUAAUUAUUCAAACACAGAAUUAAUAAAAUGCGGCUUAGAGAAAGUUCCGUCAUACAAGAUUUGAAAAAAAAAGAUAAAAAUAUAUUUUCGACCUAUAGUUAUGUAUUUAGCAAGCGUCGUGUAUUUCGUGCCCAUGCACGCGCCGACGCGCGAAAAAUUUAUGGGCCGUCACGGUUUGUCAAGUAUUUCGCAGAGGACAGAAAUUGCGCUUGACACCGGAGCUUAACAACGGCGCAUGAAAGAAAAGUGAAAAUUAGCCGUGGCGUUCACACUACGCCGGAGCGAAAUUGUUUGGAAACGUCACUUUUUCUUUAACAAUUCGAGCCCGCUCUCCAAACAGAGUGAGAUGAAAACGUAGCGCUUGUUUUUUUUUUCUAAUUUAUAUGAACGUAAUAUUCUUCUUGCAGCUGAAGCUGUGUGUAGUGCUUCAGGGGAUCCACAUUACAGAACAUUCGACGGGAAAAGAUACCAUUUCAUGGGUGCAUGCCAGUAUGUAUUAGCAAAAGAUUUGGACAACUCAUUUUUGGUUUUGACCAAAAAUAAACGAUGCAGUGGCCGAGCAAGUUGCGUUGUAGCUGUGACUGUAUCAGUGAAAGGUCUGAGGAUUGAAAUGAAGAAAGGAAGCUCUCUGACAGUGUUUGGUGUAGUUGUAACACUGCCAUACAAUAACCAAGGUAACAAUUCCUUACAAUAAUCAUUUACACUGAACUUAACUUGCAGCUAGCUCAGUUUAGUUCAGAGCGACUGGGCUAUAUAGCCGUUGUUUGCAGUCUACGAACUCGUGGCUAAUUUUCAGAAUGAUCAUUUUCAGAAUGAAAAACUUUAUAGCCUAUCAUAAAGUACGUUAUUCUUAAGGUUAUGUUCCUCUUCAGACGUAUCGACACAUAUACUUAUCGAACCUUUAUUUUGCCAAUUAAAUCUAGGGCUUGAAAUGUUCCCUGUAACCAUUCGUGCAUGAUUACCAACUCUUGUCAACUCUCAUUUUCCUUUAGUCAGGGCAUAGUUUACAAAUACAAAUGCAAAUGCAAAUGCAAAUGCAAAUGCAAAUGCAAAUGCAAAUGCAAAUGCAAAUGCAAAUGCAAAUGCAAAUGCAAAUACAAAUACAAAUGCAAAUGCCAAUGCAAAUGCAAAUGCAAAGACAAAUGCAAAUGCUAAUAGAAAUGUUUGCUGUUGGGAAACUGAAGGAGAGACCGAUACUAUGGCUAUACAAUUUAAAUUGACUCAAACGUGGCUGAAUACAGUUAUUAAAAAAAUUAAAGAUUUAGGUCCGUAUUUUUGGACGAAAGCUACACAAUACCGUUGUUAUGGCAACAAUGAUGUUUCAAGAUGUCGUCGGAUAUUUUUUAUCAAAAGUAGGAGACUGCUUUAGCGACGUCGACGAGGACGUGAAAAUGACGUGGCAUGUGGUAGUUCACUUCCGGUUUCGUCAAGAACGUCAUUGACGUUGUGUUUAGGACGACAUUCAGGGUGUUUCACGUUCUCUCUAGGACGUCACAAAUUUAUGCUUGUUUUUGGAAACAUAUGAGGGUAUGCACCACAAUAAUCAUGAAUUUGUUCCCUAUAUAAUGUUCAAUAUUUGUAGCUGAAUAUUGUUUUGAUUGAUAAUUUUGUGCUCUUAUAUUUCGUUUUGGACGCUUUGAUUUUUGGCAAGUACUUUCACCACCAUCACACAACAACAACAACAACAACAACAACAACAACAACAACAACAACAACAACAACAACAACAACAAAAUACUUGCAGCCCAAAUAUUGUUGACCACUUCGAUAUUGCUUCUAUUUCUGGCCAAAAGACACAUUUUAAAGGCAAGAACUGGUAGAACAACAACACCAAGAAUUUUAAAUGAAGAGAAAAGUAUAGGAAUAUAGAAUAAUUAAUUAAGCACUUAAUUAAGCAAGAAAAAGGGGAUCGAUUUUAGCUGUCUUAGCUGCCUUGUCACAAAAGUAUGAAGAUACACGACAAUUAAAACAGCACUUUUAAUUUCGUCAUGGAAAACAGUCAUAACAACACUGAGUUUCACCAAUACAAACUCUGAUGUGCCUAUCAAUAUUGUACAGCUUAGAAAGUUGAUUAAAUCAAAUGGAAACCAAAAUAUUUAACUCUUUAACCACACCUGCAGCUUUCACGUCUUCGUCUGUAUGAUGCGAUAAAAUUCACUGGUUCAAAAGCAACAAUAUACUAUAGUAUUCAGUAUUGUUUAAAAUUCACCUUUAUAAUAAUUAAUAUAGUAAAGUACUUUAAUAUAACAUUCAAACGAUAUUUAAUAUUAUAUUCAAGUGAUUCAACAUUAAUUAUUUAAUAAAAUUGAGCCCGCGUUAUUAUAAAAUGUGGUUUAUUUACACUGUCAGGCUUGAUGUAAUUUUUCAUUCCACAACUCAUUCCCCAUACCACUCAGCGGAGUCAUUGCGUCUUUUAGCCUAUAGUCACAGAAAGCAAUCACCGCGGAUCAGAAAAAGAAGGCUUUGAACUGCAAAUCAAUAAGUGCAGUUAUAUUAUAGAUGAGUUGAAUAUACAGUGUGCAUGAUAAGAAAAAGGUAAUCCAUCUUCAACGUGUUCGUGUUCGUCGCUCUGAAGAGCGUUCUGCUUGUUGUAAUAAUUCUUAUGAUUAAAAAACCUUGCUUUACAAACAGUAGCUCAUGUUGUUACUGGGAAGCCUCGAAAGAUUCUAAUUCGUUUGAAGGAACGUAUAUCUAUCCAUCAUUGUGGCAGUAUAAGCAAGAAAGAUGUCUCGUUGUCACAAGAGCGUCCUUGCUUCGUAUUUUAUUGCUGUUAGCUGGAGAUGUAGAGUUAUGCCCUGGACCGAUGAAACCUCAAUGCCAAGCGUGCUGGAAGACAAUCCGAAGAAAUCAAAUCUCAGGUACUUGUGCCGAAUGUAAGAAUGCUUUUCAUCUUAAAUGUUUGAAAGACGAACUGCGAAAUAACAAGGAGAAAUUCUACUGUAAUAUCUGCUUUGUUAAUAUCGCAGAUCAAGAUGCUGGUUCGCCACAAACUGUAGAUAGCAAUGUCCUUUGCACAUUUAUGAAGAAACGUGGACUAAAAUUGUUUCACCAAAAUGUUAACGGGAUUAUGAACAAAUUAGAUCAGAUUAGAUUGUUUCUGUGCAAAAAAGAUGUUCAUAUCUUCGGGAUCUCUGAAAGUCAUACUAGUGCGUCAAUUAAUGACUCGGAGCUUGAGGUAGACGGUUAUGUUGUUGAACGUAAAGAUCGAAAUUCUGCGGUUUACGGUGGAGUACUAUGCUAUAUUCGCGAUGGUAUUAGUUUUCAGCGAAGGAAAGACCUAGAAAUUGAUGGGGUAGAAGCAAUUUGGGUUGAAGUGUUUAUUGUAAACUCAAAAUCGAUUCUUAUUUGUAUUGUAUACAAACCCCCGGAUUCAUCCUUGUACCUCGACAAGAAUUUUAAUUCUAAGUUCGAUAAUAUGCUUGACAUUGCUAUUAAUGAAAACAAAGAAGUUAUACUCGCGGGGGACUUAAACUGUGACUACUUGGCCCCAACGGAUCAUCGAGAACUUAAGGACGUUUUUAAAGUUAAUGGCCUCAAGCAAUUAAUUACCACCGCGACCAGAAUAACAGCUCAUUCAAAAACACUUAUUGAUCUGUUCUUUACAACACAUGAGCAGCACAUUGCAGACUCUAUUGUCUAUGCGAACUCAUUAAGUGAUCACGACUUAACUGGCAUAAUAAGGAAAAUAAACUUGCAAAAAUUUAAAUCCUGCAAAAUACGGAAGCGAGAUUUCUCAAAAUACGAUAAGAUGUCUUUUAGGAGAGAACUUUCGGUUAUCGACUGGAAUGGGGAGUUCUGUGGGUAUGACUUGAAUCACGACUGGAACAUAUUUAAAGAAAAACUCUCUCGCACUAUUGAUAACCACGUCCCGUUUGUAGAGAAGUCAAUAAGAGGGCGAGUAUGUCCAUGGUUAACAAGAGAGCUUAAAUCUAUGAUGAUCUCCCGUGAUUACUAUCUUAAACAAGCUAGACAAACCAAUCAAGAACUCCAUUGGUCGACUUAUAGACGUUUGCGAAAUUUAGUUACUUCUGCUAUAAAGCAUAACAAAGCAAACUUUUGUCGGAAUCUCCUUUACAACAAUGGUUAAUCCCCUAAGACUUUUUGGAAGUUAAUUAAAAAAUUAUAUCCUGGGAAUAACAAAACAUCAAAAUCAUCUUUUUUUUAAGGUGAAUAAUGAAUUAGUAUCUGAUACCAGGAAAAUAGCAAAUGGGUUCUGUCGUUAUUUUUCAACUAUUGGCAGCCGCCUACAACAAAACGUUGUUACAAUCACCAACAAAACUUGUAGCUCGCUUAGAAAUGAUGAUAAUUUAAUGCAUACGAUAAAUCCAACUGGCAAAUUCUUCAAAUUUUCUAAAGUCAAUUGCUCAAAAGUUGCCAAAAUACUACAAUCUAUGAGAAUUUCCAAAGCCGCUGGCCCCGACAACUUGCCAGCAUCUCUCUUGAAGGAUGCGUCUGAAGAACUAGCGCUGCCUCUUUGUAUAUUGGUCAACAUGAGUUUUGAAUAUGGAACUUUCCCAAAUGCAGAAAAAUGUGGAAAAGUUAUCCCGAUCUAUAAAUCCGAAGAUCGAGCAUCUUUCGACAAUUAUCGACCUAUAUCGGUCCUAAAUACGGUUUCAAAAGUCAUCGAAAGGAUUGCACAUCAGCAAAUCACAGACCAUCUUGAAAGAAACCAAUUACUCUGCCCUCAACAAUUUGGUUUCAGACGUGGGAAAUGUACCCAGCAUGCUGUGACAUAUCUCAACGAACAUAUUCGUCAAAAUAUGGAUAAAAGUCGAUGUACUGGUGUAGUAUAUCUGGACUUACGAAAAGCAUUUGACACGGUUAGUCAUGCAUGUUUGCUCAAUAAGCUGCCGUAUUAUGGAAUAAGAAACAUCGAACUUCUUUGGAUGAAGGAUUAUUUACUCAAUCGAUCUCAGUUCGUAUACUUCAACCAAGUUAAAUCAGAUGAGGAGCAUGUAUCCUGCGGUGUCCCACAAGGAUCAAUUCUCGGCCCUCUUCUGUUUGUCUUACAGAUUAACGAUUUAUACUUGUCUUUGAAGAAAUGUAACAUCAUAAUGUACGCUGAUGAUACUGUGCUUUAUUAUUCAGCGAAUGGCACAGAUGAAAUCCAGAGAUCUAUCAAUAGUGAUAUCGAACGUGUUUCCCAAUGGCUGGACUCAAAUAAGUUAAUUGUUAACCUGAAAAAAGGAAAAACUGAAUUUGUAUUAUAUGGAACGCCUCAAAAAUUAGCACGUCAACAGGAUUGCAGUAUAAUGAUGAACGGGACAUCUAUCAAUCAAGUUAAAGAGUAUUAA